ACAAAAACAAAUGUCUGCAGCAUUUUCUUCCUGCUUCGCAGAUUAACUUCCGGUCACAUCUUCCCCAGUUCUUUUCCGCCAGCCCAAGCCAACAUGGGACGAGUCAGGACCAAGACGGUAAAAAAGGCCGCCAGGGUCAUCAUUGAGAAGUACUACACCCGGUUGGGCAGUGACUUCCACGUCAACAAGAGGGUGUGUGAGGAGAUAGCCAUCAUCCCCAGCAAGAAGCUGCGCAACAAGAUCUCUGGGUAUGUGACCCAUCUGAUGAAGCGUAUCCAGAGGGGCCCCGUCAGAGGCAUCUCCAUCAAGCUGCAGGAGGAGGAGAGGGAGAGGAGGGACAACUAUGUCCCAGAGGUGUCUGCUCUUGACCAGGAGAUCAUCGAGGUGGAUCCCGACACCAAGGAGAUGCUGAAGCUGUUGGACUUCGGCAACCUGUCGAACCUGCAGGUCACCCAGCCUACCGUUGGAAUGAACUUCAAAACACCCAGGGGAGUCUAGAUACAUUUCAUAUCUCUGUCAAUAAAGACAAGUGGAAAGGAAA